AUGGAGAUGGAGAUCGCCAAGGUUGACCUCAGCGGGGUGGUGCCCGGGGGCGCUGGGUGGGAGGCCGCCCGCGCCGCGGUGACCGCGUCCAUGGUGGCGCACGGCUGCGUCGUGGUCGCGCACGACGCGCUCGACACGGACCUCCGACGGGCGCUCUUCUCCCGUGCCCUGCCGGAGCUCUUCGCGCUCCCUCUCGAGGUCAAGCAGCGGACGGUGUCGGACAAGGGGCAGUUCAGAGGCUACAUCGGCCAGCUCCCCGGCAUGGCCUGGGAGAGCCUCCGCGUCGGGGAGCCCACCGACGCCGCCAGCGUCCGCGGCUUCGCCGAGAUCCUCUGGCCGGAGGGGAACCCGGAGUUGUGUGAGACGGUCGUGUCGUUCGCCAAGAACAUGAUGAUGCUGGAGGAGAUGGUGGAGACGCUGGUCCUAGAGGGCCUCGGCGCCCGGGCGGACAGCAUCGGCGCCCACUUUGGCUUGCUCGGCCACGGCAUCCGGCUGUCGCACUACGGCGUGCCACCGGACACGGAGAGCAGCAUGUCCAUGCCACCGCACUGCGACGACAGCGUGGUGACCGCGAUCGUGCAGCACGAGGUGGAAGGCCUCGAGGUGCACGCCGGGGACGGGCGCUGGGUCGCCGUCGCUGCCGAAACCGGCACCUUCACCUUCGUCGCCGGCGAGCAGUUCAGGGUCGUGACAAACGGGCGCGUGCCGGCGUGCCUCCACCGCGUGAGGACGCCGAGCAACCGCGAGCGGUUCUCGGUGCUGUUCGGCCGCCGGCAGAAGGACGGCGUCGCGGUGCGCGCGCUGGAGGACCUCGUCGACGCGGAGCACCCGCUGGUGUACAACCCGCUGCGCCACGAGGAGUACUCCAAGUGGCGUUACUCGGAGGAAGGGCUCAAAUUCAGCGAUCCGCUAAAGGUCUACUGUGGAGUGGACAAGGACAAGGUCGUCGGAGCCAUGGCGUCAUGA